CCCUGCUGCGCGGUAUAUCUGCGGCGGGGCUGGCCCCCUUCGCUCACUAAGCCGGCUGUUCUGGGGCCCAUAGGAGCUGCUCGAGAGGCGAUUGUGCGGCAGGAUGAGUGCAGACUCGGACCCGGUGGUCAUCGUCUCGGCGGCGCGCACCAUCAUAGGCUCCUUCAAUGGUGCCUUAUCGACCGUUCCUGUCCAUGACCUGGGCUCAACUGUCAUCAGAGAGGUCCUGAAAAGGGCCGCUGUGGCUCCCGAAGAGGUCUCGGAGGUCAUAUUUGGACACGUUUUGGCAGCAGGCUGUGGGCAGAACCCUGUUCGACAGGCCAGUGUGGGUGCAGGAAUCCCCUACUCUGUUCCUGCGUGGAGCUGCCAAAUGAUCUGCGGGUCAGGCCUGAAAGCCGUGUGCCUCGCAGCCCAGUCGAUAAGGAUAGGAGACUCCAGCAUUGUUGUUGCAGGAGGCAUGGAAAAUAUGAGCAAGGCUCCUCAUUUGGUUCACUUGAGGACGGGAGUCAAGAUUGGGGAAACACCGCUGGCUGACAGUAUACUGUGUGACGGGCUCACUGACGCAUUCCACAACUAUCACAUGGGCAUUACAGCUGAAAAUGUGGCCAAACAAUGGCAAGUGAGUAGAGAAGACCAGGACAAGGUUGCAGUUCUGUCCCAAAACAGGACAGAGCAUGCACAGAAGGCGGGCCAUUUUGACAAAGAGAUCGUACCAGUUUUUGUAUCUUCUAAAAAAGGUCUUACUGAAGUUAAAACAGAUGAGUUUCCUCGCCAUGGGAGCAACAUGGAGGCCAUGUCUAAGCUCAAGCCUUGCUUCCUUAUGGAUGGAACAGGAACUGUCACCCCAGCUAAUGCUUCAGGCAUCAAUGACGGCGCUGCAGCAGUGGUUCUUAUGAAGAAGUCGGAGGCUGGCAACCGUGGGCUCACACCCUUAGCACACAUAGUUUCCUGGGCACAAGCAGGUGUGGAGCCUUCCAUUAUGGGAAUAGGACCAAUUCCAGCAAUAAAGCAAGCUGUUGCCAAAGCAGGGUGGUCGCUGGAGGAUGUUGAUGUAUUUGAAAUCAAUGAAGCCUUUGCAGCCCUCUCUGUUGCAAUAGCUAAAGAACUUGGAUUAAACCCAGAGAAGGUCAACACUGAAGGAGGAGCCAUAGCCCUGGGCCAUCCUCUUGGAGCAUCUGGCUGUCGGAUUCUCGUCACCCUGUUACACACACUGGAGCGCAAGGGUGGACAUCGUGGUGUUGCUGCCCUAUGCAUUGGGGGUGGGAUGGGAAUAGCAAUGUGUGUUCAGAGAGGGUGAAACUGCUGCCCAACAGCUAAGUAGGCUGAGUUAAACUAAAACCACAAUUGCAUUUUUUACUAAUAAUACUAAGUCAUGUGAAACCAGAGGACCAAAGUGAGGGUGGAAACUAUCUCCCACUUCACAAGAAAUACAAGACUCGGCAGCCUGUUGCAUUUUAAUGUGUAAUAUUCGAGGUACAAGCAAGCUGCAUCUAACAUUGUCAUAAAUAAAACAGAUCAGUCAUCAAGGG